CCAGUUCGAUAAACCUCAAGCUCUCUCCAUGUAAGUUCGAAACCCUACAUGGACCAGACAGACUCACCUACAAAACAGCUUUGAAGCUACCAUGAAAGGUGAAAUCGAGGACAAUGGAGCAAUACAGAUACCGCCAACUCGAGUUGGGCACAUAAAGAAACGAGUUCUUAAGAACAAAGGUGUGUCUGUCUCUUUCAACGAGAAAGAUCUCAGGGAUUAUGUUACUGGGUUUCAUAAGAGGAAGAAGAAGAGGAGAAAGGAAGCAAUUAAACAACAAGAGGUGAAGUUAAGGCACAAGCGUAUCGCGGCACGCAAACAGAGGAAACUGGAAAAAGAACUUGCUUUAAAUGGAGGAGCUCCACCAGCUGCUGAUGAAAGCGAUAACUAUGGAGAAGAUGAUGAAGAAAUUGAGCCAAUUGCAUCAAUAAGUGGGACAACAAAGUACGACAAUGGGGACAUGCAAGUUACUGUGACCACCAGCGAGAUUUCACGUGAAGACGAGGAUGGCCAUAGUGAAAAGACACAAGUGACAGUGCCAAGGUUGAAUGAAGCUGAUAAAUCGCACAAGUUAUCCGUGAGCAAAAAGAAUUCAUUCAAGAAAGUUUUGAAACACAAAUCACGGUCAAAGCCACAAAACAAAAGGGACAGAAAGAAGGGAAAGACGAAUACCAAGAAGCGGUAGUUUAUACUUUAUAGUCUAUCUUCUUGCGAAUCAUGGGUUCAAACUGUGCUUUCUAUUAUUAAAAUACAGUCUAACAGAGGCCAAUUGCUGAGACGUUAUGUUAGUCCAUGUAGAAAAUUGGUUCUUUUCAGCAUUUUGUAUUGUGAAAGAUAUCAGAGAUUUUUGGUGGCAGUUCUAUCAUAUCAGAGAUUUUUGGUGGCAGUUCUAUCA